AUGUCCGCGCCCGUCUUCGCCUCCGUCUCGCACACCGACGUCCCUCCCCGCGCGUUUACGUUAGCCAUCCGCAUCGUCUGGACCGACCAAUGGCUCAGCGCCGCCUUUGACGACAGCUGGAAGGUGUCCGACCUCAAGCGCUGGCUGCUCGGCAAAGUCGUCAGCACGGACUUUGCUCCGCCCAGAGCGAGGGCGCCCAGCCCGAUCACUUUUGUUGCUCCGCGGUUUGAUGACGAUGAUGGGAAGAGCGGCGUGUACGGCUUUGGGGAGGACGGAGAUGAGGACUGGGAGGGUGUCGGCGGUGGGACUUUCAGCUUCGAGGGCCCCAGUCUGCCGCCAGCGCCCGUCGCGGCCAGCGCGCAGGCACAUGCCCUCGUGGCGUUCAGCACGGGGAUGGUGCUCGAGGACGAGACGCGGCUGGGAUGGUACAAUCUCCGGUCCGACGAGCUGCUCGAGCUCCACCCGGCCGGAUGCGUCGUGCGGCUCAAGCGGGGCAGCGUCAGGGAAUAUGUGCGGCCGUACGUGCUCGCGAGGGUAAACGUGCUCAGAUACGUCAACGCCAACGAGCCCGAGCUGCCCGCCUACGCGCAUUCCGGCAAGAAGAGGAAGAUCAAGCUCGAGUGGAAGGUCCGCUGGCUUGAGAUCAUAGACGGCAGGCUCAGAUUGUUGAAAUCAGUCACCGAUACCAAUGCCGCGUUCUCUGCUGAACUCGAUCAUCUGUACAAGCUCGAGCUCGGGGACGCGCAUCUGCCGGCCAACUCGUUUCUGCCGACCUCGCAUUGCGCAUGCCUGUCUUUCCGCGAACCAUCGUCUAAUCCCACUCCCGCGCCGUCAGCCACCACAUCCCCAUCACUCUUCACCGACCCCUUCGCAGGCUCUACGCCCAUAUCCUCGCCUGCAUCCGACGAGCCCUCGUCUUCUAAUAUUGGCCGAGACAGGCAGAUGUCAGCCGAUAGUAUGACCUCUAACGACGAGCCACAGACCUGGGCUCCGCUCUAUUCUCCUCAACCCUCGCACGCGCAGGCGCAGUCUCCUACCGUGAACAACUCAGACUCCAAGAAGGGCGGCACCUACGUCGUGCUCGACAUGGGCGACGCACAUACCCACACCCAUGUCCUCCGCGUCCUCCAUCGACACUCUCCUCAAUCACUCUCUUCCUCCGUCUUCGUUCCCGCCCCGUGUUUGCCUUACGCUCAAACUAGCCCCACAUCGCCCACAUCGUCAUCAUCAAAGGCCAACGCGAACCUACAACUCCACGCCGACACGAAGGGCAGGCCACCGCACUCCUACCCUGAAUGGCGCGCAACCUUGGCCAGGAAAGCCCAACGCUCAGGUCUGGGUCCCGUGCCUGACUCGCUGGCCGUAGCAUUGUACGGCGCCGCCGCGUUACCCGCAGUCCCUCAACCCCGCGCCUCGAUCUCAACCGUGACACCUUUCACCACCGCCCGUUUUGAAGACGACGCACCGCCCGUCGAACUCGAAUGGGACAACUGGCCUCUCGAUCUCGCGCGCCAAGCACGCCAAACCGUUCAGGCUUCGCAAAAACAGCACAAGUCAAGAGAACAGGAGAAGGAGUCCGAACGAGAGCAGCAAGAACAGUGGGACUGGGAUGCCGGGGACGAUGAUGUGCCGCCGUUGCCCGUCCGAGAGAAGAGGCUGAGCGCGGCGGGGUACAGCAGGCGCGCGAGCGCGGUCGCCCCUGUGCCGUUCAGCGAUCUCGCGCCUGUACCGUCUAGCUCGCAGUCACAGCAGCCGCAGCUAUCGUCCAGCCCGACGAGCACGUAUUCGCAUGGGAUACCGGCCAGUAGCGUGACGAGCCACGACAGCGCCGGAACGAGCACUGAGCAUGUGCAUUCGCCUGCGCCUUCGUACUCGCAGACUGGGGUUCGGACGAAUAGUACGGAGGCGGCGCUGUUGAGCUCGUACUCCCGCGCUCUGUCGCCCGAUGCGCCUGCGAUUCUGCCUGUUCUGUCUCCCGGAUCAACGUCGACGGUCAUUUCCGCCGCCGCGUCGUCUUCGUCAUCGUACGCCUAUGGCAAAUCCUCGUCGAAAGAGGAGAAGAAGCGCGAGAAGGAGAGGAUCAAGCGUGAGAGGGAGAGGCUUGAGGAGUCGGGCGUACUUGGUCCGACUAGUAGGAAGGGAAACGGGAAGGGAAAAGGAAGGGAUAGGGAGAAGGAAGAGACUGCCACGUUCAGCUCGUUCGGGACUUCGAGCUCAGGCUCUCGACGUGAACGCGAGCGCGAAAAGGAGAAGGAGGAGAGGAGCAAAGGCUCGACGCAGAGCGCCGCCGUUGUCGGCUCUACCGUGCCCUCCGGUAUCGCAAGGGCACGGAGUAUGACCGUCGGCGGAGACAGUUUCUUGAACCUCGGAUCCAGUCGGGAGGGGAGUAUAAGGAGCGAUCUGAGCGGGGUGAAGGGCAAGGGUAAAGGGAAGGAGCGCGGCACGAUGAGCGUCUCCGAGGCCGGCGUAAGCGUCGACACGUUCAACGAAAUCCCUGGCGAUACCAGCUCGAGUACGCUGUGGGGCGGCGUGCAGACGCCGCAGGGCGUUAUGACAUCUACCGUCUCCGUCGGCUCCGGCUCUGGGUCCAGCGCCAGUACGAAGCGGAAUAGGUACGGCAAGGACUCGUGUCCUGUACCUAGUAGUAAAGGGAAGGAGAAGGAAGGAGGGAUAAAGGAUAAGGAUAAAAAGAAGGGAGGUGUGUUUGGGGCUAUGAAGGGGUUGAGGCCGGAUAGGAUCGUUAGAGGACUGGAUAGUGCGCUUGAUUUUGUCGAUGGGAGGAGAUGA